AUGGAGCCUAGGAAACUCUCGGAUCCCCCGUCAGACACAAUCAGCACUCCGGAAAACCACAAAAGAACCCAUGAAUGCUCAGAGUGUGGGAAGUCCUUUGCUCGCAGGUCCCUCCUUUUGACCCACAGGAAGGUCCAUGUGGGAAGCGGAUCCAGUCAGGAUUUGGAGGGUGAGAAAUCCUUCUCUGGAAAAGACCCCAAAGAUCCCAAAAGCCCCGCCAGACUAAAACCCCAUAAAUGUGAGGAAUGUGACUUAUGCUUUGGUCAAAAGUCAGACCUUCUUAGACAUCAGAAAAUCCACACUGGAGAGAAACCCUAUCAGUGUCUGAAAUGUGGUAAAUUUUUCCGUGACAAAGCCACCCUCAGAAUCCACGAGAGAAUUCACACAGGGGAGAAACCUUACAAGUGUUGGCAAUGUGGGAAGAGCUUUUCUCAGAAUUCAUGUCUUUGGCGCCAUGAGAAGAUUCAUUCAGGAAUCAAAUCUUACAAAUGCAUUGAGUGUGGAACAAGUUUCACCCAGAGUUCAGGUCUUCGGACUCAUGAGAAAACACACAGAGGGGAGAAAAAAGAAAAGUGCCUUGAAUGUGGGAAACAUUUUGCCACGAAAUCAACCCUGGUCCGACAUCAGCGACGUCACACUGGAAACAGACCCUAUGAAUGCCCAGAAUGUGAGAGACGAUUUAUGUUUUCUUGUGAACUUCAGACACACCAGAAAUGGCACAAAGGAGAGCUACCCUAUAAAUGUAGGGAGUGUGGAAAAAGUUUUAUUUCGCCAGCCCAUCUUCAGAUUCAUCAGAGAAUCCACACGGGGGAGAAGCCAUACAAAUGUGUGGAGUGUGGAAAAUGCUUUUCCCAAAAAGGACACCUUGAAAGCCAUCAGAGGGUCCACACAGAAGAGAAGCCGUACAGAUGCGUAGAAUGUGGGAAAAGCUUUGGACGCAAGAGAGGCCUUUGGAGCCAUCAUAAAACCCACAGAGGGGAGAAGCCAUAUCAAUGCAACGAAUGUGGAAGAUUUUAUGCCACCACCUCAGCCCUUAAAAGCCAUAUAAAAAUUCACACGGGGGAGAAAAGUUACAAAUGUUUAGACUGUGGGAAAGCAUUUGCUCAUUCAUCUUCCCUUAUAAGUCACAGCCGAAUCCAUACGGGAGAGAAACCUCACAAAUGCUCAGAGUGUGAUAAAUGUUUUUCACAGAAAAAUACUCUUGUGUUGCAUCAGAGAAUCCACAAGGGAGAAAAACAAUAUAAAUGUCUGGAGUGUGGGAAAUGUUUUGCCCAUUCUUCAACACUUCGCACACACACCAGAAGUCUCACAGGAGAGCGGCCUUAUAAGUGUAGUUCAGCUCUUAGGAGACAUGAGAAAACACACAGAGGGGAGAAAAAUGAAAAGUGCCUCGAAUGUGGAAAACGUUUUUCCAGGAAAUCAACCCUGGUCCGACAUCAGCGACUUCACACUGGAGAGAAACCCUAUGAAUGCCCAGAAUUUCAUUCUGGACUUACUUACAACAAUUCGGACCGGAAUCUUGGUCGUUGCGUGAAGCGGUCAUUGAGAUGUGACUUGGCUGCUUUGCUCAAACGUUGCAAUCCUGCACUCCUGGGCCUGGUUGAUACAAGCAACACUCCGAAAAAUCAUGAAAGAACCCAUGAAUGCUCAGAGUGUGGGAAAUCCUUUGCUCAUUGGUCCCUCCUUUUGGCCCACAGGAAGGUCCACAUGGGAAGCGGCUCCAGUCAAGGUUUGGAGGGUGAGAAAUUCUUUUCUGGAAAAGAAACCAAAGAUCCCAAAAGCCCCCCCAGUGAAAACCCCUAUAAAUGUGAGGAAUGCAACUUAUCCUUUGGUCAAAAGUCACACCUUGUUAGACAUCAGAAAAUCCACACUGGAGAGAAAGCUUUUCAGUGUCUGGAAUAUGGGAUUUUUUUCCGUGAAAAAUCCAGUCUCAGAAACCACGAGAGGAUUCACACAGGGGAGAAACCCUACAAAUGUUGCCAAUGUGGGAAGAGCUUUUCUCAGAACGCAAGUCUUUGGGCCCAUGAGAAGAUUCAUUCAGGAAUCAAACCUUACAAAUGCUUUGAGUGUGGAAAAAGUUUCACCCAGAGUUCAGGUCUUCGGACUCAUGAGAAAACAAACAAAGACAAAAAGGAAAAGUGCCUCAAAUGCGGGAAAUGUUUUUCCACGAAAUCAAAUCUGCUUCAACAUCAGAGACGUCACACUGGAGAGAGACCCUAUGAAUGCCCAGAAUGUGAGAGACGAUUUGUGGAUUCUUAUGAACUUCAGAGACACCAGAAAUGGCACAAAGGGGAGUUAUCCUAUAAAUGUAUGGAAUGUGGGAAAAGUUUUAUUUCGCCAGCCCAUCUUCAGAUUCAUCAGAGAAUCCACACGGGGGAGAACCAUCAGAGGUUCCACACAGGAGAGAAGCCGUACAGAUGCCUAGAAUGUGGGAAAAGUUUUGGACACCAGGGGAACCUUUGGAGCCAUCAUAAAACCCACACAGGGGAGAAGCCAUAUCAAUGCAACGAAUGUGGAAGAUUUUAUAGUAUCCCAUCAGCCCUUAGAAGUCAUUUAAAAAUUCACACGGGGGAAAAAAGCUUCAAAUGUUUAGACUGUGGGAGAACAUUUGCUCAUUCAUAUUCCCUCAGAAGCCACAGCCGAAUCCAUACAGGAGAGAAGCCCCAUAAAUGCUCAGAGUGUGAUAAAUGUUUUUCACGGAAAAAUACUCUUGAGACCAGUGAGGACGUGGCCAUGAGCUACACAGAGGAGAAGGGCCGUUCUUAG